AAAACGUUAAUUUCAGUUUGUAUUAUAUUUUUUCUGAAUUAAAAACUUAUUAUAGUAUCACAAAUAUAAAUUAUAUUCCUACGCUUUUUUUCCUUGUUUUUUUUUAAAAAAAAAGUUUGAAAUGUGCUGUGGAAAUGGAAAAGGGCCAAAAUGGAAACGAGAAGUAGUAAAAGAUCAUAAAUUUGACUUUGUUGAUAUAAAUGAAUUUUAUGAUCCUUCUUGCACUGCACGAACAAGCUAUAUUUACAUGUUCUUUUUGAUUUUAAAAGGUUUCUUAGUUUAUGUAGCCGAUUUAUGGACAGCAAUCUCACUUUUAGUUAUUGGUAAUUCAAGUAUAAAUGCUGACGCCUCUAUUCCUCCUGAUGUUGCAAAAUGGAUUUUCUUGGGUGCUAUUAUGAUUUCAUUUAUUUUGUUGUUUUGGGACAUUCGAAAAGCAAGAAAUAUUAUAGCAUCUAGAGAUAUAUCUUACGCCUUUUUUUCUGUCAUUGCUAAUCGUUGGUAUUCAACUAAAAGCUUCAAAUAUUUUUGCUUGUUUCGAAAAAUCAAUAAUUCAAGAAAAUCAAUAGAUUCGAUUGCUUUUUUUGUAUUUUUUACAUUAAAAAGUUGGAAAAAAAUUCUUUUAGCAGAAGCACCCCGACAAGUGAUUAAUGUUGUUACAUUAAAGACGAUUAUUCCCAAAUGGAUUCAUAUUAGUAAUGGAGUACUUAUUAAUAAUGAUGGCUUGGGUAAGAAUACAAUUCAACGUAUCAUGACAGGGACUAUGGUUUUUUCUACUGCUAUUUUUGCUAUUUCUUUUAUUUUAUUAUGUGCUGCUGCUAUCAUUUAUAUUCCAGUUCUCUGCCAUAUUCAGGGUAAUUUAAAAGAAUAUUGCUGUCAUAAAGUAGACAAAAGAAUAGAAGAAAUACUUAGAAAACAGGCAAAGAAAAGAAUUGAAAAGAACAAGACACAGAAACAUAGAAAUAAUAAAAAAGAAGAUAUAGAAAUGCAAUCAUUACCUCAACCUACUUUACCUAAUAUUGAUAUCAAUGAUAAUAAAUUCUAUAAUCAUCAUCCUAUUGGGCCAACUUAUCAUCAGCAACAAAUACCUUACACUAUGAUGGGUUCACCUUUUGUAAGGAGAAAUAGUCUAUCUUCAAUCAAUAGCGAUCAAUUAGCUUUAACUACUCAUGCUCAAAUGCAACCUUGGUCUUCUCCUUAUUCUCAUAAUGGCAGUAAUACAAAUUUGACAUCAUAUCCAUAUCAUCCACAGCAACAUUAUCCUGCUACUAGCAGUUAUAAUUUUUAUUAAUCUAUACCAUAUUCAUGUAUAAAUACAAGUAUAUCAUCAUUAUCCUUUAUACAUAAAUUAAAAGCAAUUGUA